GGGAAGCAUGAAUACAAAUGCCGUUAGGCGCCCGUGGAAGGACCGACCGGCCAGCCUCGCACUUAGGGACACAGGGCUUUCUCUUCGCCUGGAUCUUAGUCUGGUCUGCCUGUCACCUGGCCUCCACCCAAGGAGCUCCUGAAGAUGUGGACGUCCUCCAGCGGCUGGGCCUCAGCUGGACGAAGCCAGGGGGCGGCCAGAGCCCCGCGACCCCGGGGGUCAUUCCGUUCCAGUCGGGCUUCAUCUUCACGCAGAGGGCCCGGCUGCAGGCCCCCACAGCCGCCCUGGUCCCCGCGGCCCUGGGCGCGGAGCUGGCUCUGGUGCUGAGUCUCUGCUCUCACCGGGUGAACCACGCCUUCCUCUUCGCCGUCCGCAGCCGCAGGCAUGAGCUGCAGCUGGGCCUGCAGUUCCUCCCCGGCAAGACCGUGGUCCACCUGGGGCCUCGGCGCUCCGUGGCCUUCGACCUGGACGUGCACGAUGGUCGCUGGCACCACCUGGCCCUCGAGCUCCGUGGCCGCACGGUCACUCUGGUGACGGCCUGCGGGCAGCGCCGGGUGCCUGUCCCGCUGCCCUUCCACAGGGAUCCCACGCUUGACCCUCAGGGCACCUUCCUCUUUGGGAAGAUGAGCCCCCGCGCUGUCCAGUUCGAAGGGGCCCUCUGCCAGUUCAGUAUCCACCCCGUGACACAGGUCGCUCACAAUUACUGCGCCCACCUGAGGAAGCAGUGUGCACAGGCUGGCUUGGACUGGCCCCAGCUGCGACCCCUCUAUCCCCAAGACUCCAGCAGACCCUUCACCUUCCAGAGUGACCUGGCCCUGCUAGGCCUGGCGAACUUGACCACUGCCACACCUGCCUUGGGCUCACGGCCAGCAGGCAGGGGGCCGGCAGUGACAGUGGCUCCCGCCAGGCCCACCCAACCCCAAAGAACUAGCCCCUCAGAUCCUCGCCCGCGUGCCCCUGUGGGAGGCCCAGCCCGGACCCCACCGCCACCUGCCAAACGGUCAGGCAGUAAAGUCCCUCCCCACUUGCCCCCUGCCUCUUUGGCUGGCUCCACCAGAACUCACCCCGCGGCUUCCCAACCAUGGCCAGUCACAGCCACCCAGGUCCCUAAGAGUCCCUCCACCAAGCCUUCCAUCCUUUCUCCUUCAAUUGCCCCUGAGAAAAGCCCUCAUCCUACCCAGAAAGCCGCUCUGUCUUCAUUCACUAAGACAGCUUCGCCCACCCAGAAGCCCGCGCCACCCACUCCCCGCCCAGCUCCUGUCAAAGUCCCCCAUCCCACUGCGAAGCCGGCCCAGAGGAACCCUGUCGUGGCCCGGCCUCCGGCCCCCAGCACCCAGCCCCUGCCUCCCACUGCCCGUUCCACAGUAGCCCCGGCUGAGGCCAGGCCAGCCAGCCCUGCCAGGAGGCCAGCCUCUGCCCUCACCGCCACCCGCAGACCUCCGCCACCCACCAGCCCUGGCCCUCCCAGAGCAGCUCGGCCACCAGCCACGAUGGUGGCUUCAGUCUUGGGCACUGGAACUCCCAGAACUGUACCCCCCACUCGCUUUCCUGGUUCCGUCUCCGCCGGAAGCAAGAAACCCACUGGAUCAGAAACCUCCAAGAAAGCCGGACCCAAGAGCGGUCCCCAGAAGCCCGUCCCCCUCAGACCUGGGAAGGCAGCCGGGGAUGUCCUGUUGAAUGACCCGACCACCAGGGCCAGUCCCAGGCAGUCCCCGCCCAGUGGACAGACCACCCCGGCCCUGGUCUCGGCCCCCGUGGGAGUCCUGUCCUCCGGUGCCCGGCCCACGACGAGCAGCGGCUAUUCCUUGGUUCACCUGGAGGGACCCACACCGUUCCCCCUGCUGAUGGGGCUUCCAGGGCCCAAGGGAGACUGCGGCUUGCCGGGUCCCCCUGGGCUGCCUGGACUACCUGGACCUCCCGGCACACGGGGACCUCGGGGUCCCCCUGGGCCUUAUGGCAACCCCGGCCUGCCCGGUCCUCCUGGAGCCAAAGGACAGAAAGGGGACCCAGGGCUCUCACCAGGCAAGGCCCUCGAUGGGGCAAAGGGCGACAUGGGCUUGCCUGGAUUCUCCGGCCAUCCGGGACCUCUGGGACGAAAGGGCUACAAGGGCUAUCCUGGACCGGCCGGGCACCCUGGAGAACAGGGGCCGCCAGGACCUGAGGGCAGCCCAGGGGCCAAAGGUUACCCUGGCAGGCAGGGGUUACCUGGGCCUGUAGGAGAUCCUGGCCCCAAAGGCAGCCGGGGCUACAUCGGACUCCCAGGGCUCUUCGGCCUGCCUGGGGCCGACGGAGAGCGGGGUCUGCCUGGCGUUCCUGGCAAGAGGGGCAAGAUGGGUAGGCCGGGUGACCUCAGGAUCCGCUGCUGUCAGGGCUUCCCUGGAGACUUUGGGGAGAGAGGCCCCCCUGGAUUCGAUGGAAACCCCGGAGAACUGGGCCUGCCAGGGCCCUCAGGAGUCCCCGGCCUCAUUGGUGACAUGGGAGCAUUGGGUCCCAUCGGCUACCCAGGACCCAAGGGCAUGAAGGGACUGAUGGGCAGCAUGGGGGAGCCCGGACUGAAAGGUGAUAAGGUGAUCGGAAUACUCCCUUGUCGCACCGUGGGUUAUCUGCAUGCCGCCCCUCCGCCCGGAGGCUGCCACUCAGCUCUGGCCAGGGCGAGCAAGGGGUCCCAGGUGUGUCCGGAGAUCCCGGCUUCCAAGGAGACAAGGGCAGCCAGGGGUUGCCAGGGUUCCCGGGCGCCCGGGGCAAGCCAGGCCCUCUGGGCAGAGUCGGAGACAAAGGCUCCCUGGGGUUCCCUGGGCCCCCUGGACCCGAGGGAUUCCCAGGAGACAUCGGCCCCCCUGGGGACAAUGGCCCCGAAGGCGAGAAGGGAAAGCCUGGAGCUCGAGGCCUGCCCGGACCCCGAGGACAGCUGGGGCCCGAGGACUGUCCACACCAGGGAGACUGAGGCCCAGAGGCUGCCGGCAGCCAGUGGAGUCCGAGUAGAGGGAGAUGAGGGACCGAUGGGGCCACCAGGAGCCCCUGGCCUGGAGGGUCAACCUGGCAGGAAGGGAUUUCCAGGGAGGCCUGGCCCAGAUGGCGUGAAGGGGGAGCCAGGGGAUCCUGGGCGGCCAGGGCCUGUGGGUGAGCAGGGCCUUCUGGGAUUCAUCGGUCUAGUCGGGGAGCCAGGAAUCGUGGGAGAAAAGGGUGACCGAGGCGUGAUAGGACCCCCAGGCGCGCCCGGAACCAAGGGGGUGAUGGGUCACCCUGGAGUGCCAGGUGGUGUUGGGACCCCCGGAGAGCCUGGACCCCUGGGUCCUCCAGGAUCGCGAGGCCCACCAGGCCUGAGGGGCCCUAAGGGACGCGGGGGUCCCAGAGGACCGGAUGGACCCGCUGGGGAGCAGGGGUCCAGGGGCCUGAAGGGCCCUGCGGGACCUCGGGGCAGACCCGGCCAGCCUGGACAGCAGGGCGCAGCUGGUGAGCGAGGCUACUCGGGCCCACGAGGCUUCCUCGGCAUCCCGGGUCCCUCAGGCCCCCCUGGCACCAAGGGCCUCCCAGGAGAACCGGGCCCUCAGGGACCCCAGGGACCAGUGGGCCCUCUGGGAGAGAUGGGACCCAAGGGGCCACCAGGUGCAGUGGGAGAACCCGGCCUUCCUGGGGAAGCAGGGAUGAAGGGUGACCUUGGACCCCUGGGCACCCCUGGGGAGCAGGGCCUCGUUGGGCAGCGGGGAGAGCCAGGCCUCGAGGGUGACGGUGGCCCUGCAGGGCCCGACGGGCUGAAGGGGGACCGAGGUGACCCAGGGCCUGAUGGAGAGCGUGGCGAGAAAGGCCAGGAAGGGCUCAAGGGCGAGGACGGGCCCCCCGGCCCUCCUGGCAUCACUGGCGUCCGGGGUCCUGAAGGAAGACCAGGGAAGCACGGUGACAAGGGCCGGCCAGGGGCCAAGGGCGCCAAGGGCUACCAAGGACAGCUGGGUGAGAUGGGUGUCCCCGGAGACCCAGGACCCCCUGGCACCCCAGGCCCUAAAGGCUCCCGGGGCAGCCUGGGCCCCACGGGUGCUCCAGGUCGGAUGGGGGCCCAAGGAGACCCGGGACUGGCUGGUUACGAUGGACACAAAGGCACUGUGGGACCCCUCGGGCCUCCGGGACCAAAAGGAGAAAAGGGGGAGCAGGGGGAGGACGGCAAGGCGGAGGGGCCCCCUGGGCCGCCUGGAGAUCGGGGCCCUGUGGGUGACCGAGGAGACCGUGGUGAACCUGGAGACCCAGGAUACCCUGGACAGGAGGGUGUUCCUGGGCUCCGUGGAAAGCCUGGCCAGCAGGGCCAACCCGGGCAUGCGGGACCCCGGGGGCGGCCGGGACCCAGAGGAUCAAAAGGCGAAGAGGGUCCAAAGGGAAAGCUGGGCAAGGCCGGGGCCCCAGGUCGGAGGGGGAUCCAGGGGCUGCCCGGGCUGCCUGGGCCGCGGGGCGUGGUGGGAAGACAGGGCCCCGAGGGUGUCGCGGGACCAGAUGGGCUUCCUGGCAGGGAUGGCCGAGCAGGACCACAGGGAGAUCAAGGGGAUGACGGGGACCCUGGCCUUGUGGGCCCUGCUGGGAGGAGAGGAAAUCCAGGUGUGGCCGGCUUGCCUGGAGCACAGGGGCCCCCAGGAUUCAAGGGUGAAAGUGGGUUACCAGGGCAGCUGGGUCCCCCUGGCAAGAGAGGGACCGAGGGCGGAUCGGGGCUUCCUGGGAAGCAGGGGGAGCCAGGAUCCAAAGGCCAGGCGGGUGACUCUGGCGAGAUGGGCUUCCCAGGAGUGUCUGGCCUCUUUGGACCCAAGGGCCCCCCUGGGGACAUCGGCUUCAAAGGCAUCCAGGGCCCCCGGGGGCCUCCUGGCUUGAUGGGAAAGGAGGGCAUCAUUGGGCCCCUUGGAAUCCUGGGACCGUCGGGACUCCCGGGUCCGAAGGGCGACAAAGGCAGUCGAGGGGACUGGGGAUUGCAGGGUCCCAGGGGUCCUCCCGGCCCAAGAGGGCGGCCUGGCCCACCGGGACCUCCAGGGCGUCCAGUCCAGCUUCAACAAGAUGACCUUGGGGCAGCUUUCCAGACGUGGAUGGACACUAACGGAGCACUCCGACCAGAGGGAUACAGCUAUCCAGACCGGCUGGUGCUGGACCAGGGAGGGGAGAUCUUCAAAACCUUACACUACCUCAGCAACCUCAUCCAGAGCAUUAAGACACCCCUGGGCACCAAGGAGAACCCCGCCCGGGUCUGCCGGGACCUCAUGGACUGUGAGCAGAAGAUGGCGGACGGCACCUACUGGGUGGAUCCGAACCUCGGCUGCUCCUCGGACACCAUUGAAGUCUCCUGCAACUUCACCCACGGCGGACAGACGUGUCUGAAGCCCAUCACGGCCUCCAAGGUGGAGUUUGCAGUCAGCCGGGUCCAGAUGAACUUCCUGCACCUGCUCAGCUCCGAGGUGACGCAGCACAUCACCAUCCACUGCCUGAACAUGACCGUGUGGCAGGAGACCACAGGCCGCACCCCGGCCAAGCAGGCUGUGCGCUUCCGGGCCUGGAACGGGCAGAUCUUUGAAGCUGGGGGUCAGUUCAGGCCAGAGGUGUCCAUGGACGGCUGUAAGGUCCUGGACGGCCACUGGCACCAGACGCUCUUCACCUUCCGGACGCAGGACCCCCAGCAGCUGCCCAUUGUCAGCGUGGACAACCUCCCCCCUGCCUCGCCAGGGAAGCAGUACCGCCUGGAAGUUGGCCCUGCGUGCUUCCUCUGACCCUGGCCUCCUGGUGCCUCUGGCCUUGUGGCAGAGGGAGGAGGGGGAGGCCAGGCCGGGUACCGAGGGCCAUGGCCCCAGGAGAGGCAGCCCCCUGCUCUGCCCGAGGGGUCCCUAGAUCUCGUCUGCUCAGCAGCAGGGGAAGGGGGGUAGCAGGGCAUGGGGUGUCCUUGGGAAGAGUCCAUCGCAGCUCACCCCCAAAGACCAACCAAAGAGCCAGCGAGUCUGCCGAGCCCGCACCCCGCCUCGGCCCCCGGCUGACCCCAGCCCUGCGGCUGCCAGCUUCCCUCCCGGCCUCCUGCCCAGAGAGCCCCACGUCCAAGCCAGCUGGGGAAGGGGUGCCCCGUCAGCUGGCCCUGCCAGGGAGCUUUUGAUGUGCAAUAUUAGAAAGGAGACAUGAAAAAGGAGAGAAGGAAAGAGAGAAGAAUAUAUAUAUUAUUAUUAUUUAAACAAACCCAAAGAAGGUGUGUUACUAUUUUUUCACCUGGGAAAGAGGUGAGAGGGUGAGGAAGAGCAGCGGGGUGGGGAAGGCGAGAUCCUGGGGCUGGGGGUCCCCACUUUUGCUACCUCCACUGUGAAAUCGCCGGUGCUCACAAUCGUCUCACAGUGUAAGUGAUUUUUUUUUUUUAAGGAAAAAAAAAACCUAUUUAAGAUUCUGAAGGUGCUACUAUUUUUGCCACAGACUUUGAAGAAACUUUUUUGAUGUGGGACACAGUUCACAUGGUUCUCUGUCCUCCAAAUGACAAAGUUUGGAGGAAUCGUUCUGUCUUCCUAGUGUCGUCUUUAUGCUUGUCUGGUAAUCUGCUAAGGAGGAAAAAAAGAGAAAGAAAAAAGAAAAAAAGAAACAACAACAAAAACCCUACCAAAACCGGAAGUAGAGGGCUUUCCCUUUAACUUAUGGACUUGGAAAUGUCUGUCCUUGUGCAAAGCGUCUUGCUGUGGCCUUCGGGGUCCUGGAGGGAGGUUGCUGCCCUGGAGAGGCCCGGGAGCAGCCUUGACCUUGGAGAAACCAGUGCCAAGGGCAGUGUGGGCUGGAGCUGGCCUCGGAAUGUAAAUAUUGAACCAUCUCACAAAACCAGGACGAAGCUCAGCUCUCCCUCCCAGGAGCUGGUCUCCCUGGGCAGCUCUCCCUCCUGCUUUCUCAGUGUUGAACUCUGCAGAAACCCGCUGUCAACGUGGGUGUCAAUUGGGGCUGGGGAGAAAAGAAUGAUUCUUGGCCACCUGCGUGCUGGUGGCAUUCAUGAUGAUCUGGAUUGUACCCUAUCAGGGCCUGGGUUGCAAUUUGAAGUUAUUUGAACUAUGAAAUUAUUUUUAUGGAAGGAGGAAAAUUAUAUGGAAGUCUCUGAGUAUUUCUAAUGGUGUCUCUUGGGGAAUUGGGUUUGGCCUGCAAUAUUUAAUACCUCACUCGGCCCCCACCACCACCCCCACUGUCCCAGCCUGGGCGCUCCCCGCUGGGGCUCAUCUCAGCGCUCUGUGUCCCCAUGGUACCAGACUCCACCCGGCCCCUGUCCCAUCUCGGGUUUAUCUGCUGUCCUCGUGUUUGUCUGUCCCGAUGUCGGUGUGUGGAAGCCCCAGUGAGUUCCGCCUCUCCUUUUCCCUUCCGGAUUUUAAAUAAAUAUUUAAAACUGAGGCAACAGAAUGACA